UUAAAGUUAACUGCAAGCAUAAUUUUUCUACUAAUUAUGAGAUUCCACUUGAAGGAUCAUAGUGUGAACAUCAUGGAAAUGAAAGCUUUAAAACUUUUUAACUUAUUGUUAGUUGUGGCCUGUCUGGAUAACCAGUCCUUUGCUUAUCAAAGCACAACUCCAGGAUAUUCAUCACAGAAUGAUACCCAUGAACAGGCAACUCUAGACUAUGAUUCACGGAUUGACAUCUUUGGUCCUAAUGAGGCUUUACUUGGCUCUAUAAUUGACUUCACUUGCAAUACAACAGGAAAUCCACAGGAAAUUGAAUACCAUCUUUUAAAGAAGGGUUCUUUGCGGCUAUUGGGAGAAUACACCUCGACAACAAAUGUUGCUGAAUUUCCACUUGUGGUGAAAAUAACAUCUGAUGGAGAGUACACAUGUAAAGGAAUAUAUAAUUCAACAGGAAAAGUCCAAAUGAGUCAACCCAUCCACCUUGCUGUAGUAGUUCCUAUAAAUAGUAUUUCUAUACAUAAUGAUACUGACCUGGAUGACUUACGGCAAGGAGAACCAGUCAAGAUGCACUGUAAUGUAGGAAAUGCCACUUAUGUCAAAUUCAAAUGGCAUUUCAAUAAGAAAUUGUUGGAGGAAUCAGAAGAAGUCAUGUUUCUCAAUAAUACACUGAUUAUUAAUAACGUGCAAGUGAGACAUUCGGGGAUGUACCAUUGUCAGGCUUGCAAUGAGUUCAACCAGACUUUUUCAAGUUCUGCACUCAAUGUGACUGUGAAAGGAAACAAAAGAAUAAUGUAUCAAGCCAGCACUGAAUUAUCAAUUUACACGCUACUGCAGACUUUCACCUCCAUUGUUGGAACAGAAGAACUAACUAUAGAGACCAAGGGAUUUUUACAAACUUCUUCCUUUCCAGUAUCAUGCCUGUGAAAAUCUAUGGAACAAUUCCUGGGUUUGGGACCAGUAAUACCAAGAAAAAAAUCCAAAUUUGUUCAUAACUACAAAUAAAAACCACACAGUAAUUUGUUUUUCUGCAGUACAAUGCUAUAUAGUUUUGAAAUGUUAGCACUGCAUUGGCUUCUAUUCUUUUAGUAGAGCUUUCAUCAGAGGGGUUUCAUUUAGCUUGACUUUCCUGAUUCUUUGUUUUAUUUUACACGCUUUCAUUAUUAAAGGUGUUAGAUUUUAUAUUUAUCAGCUGAAUAAAUCUUAUGAUAAAACAUAAUGCCA